CACUCCCUGCUGUUUUUCGUCAUGUUGUUCCGAUCCGUUCGAGUCACAUCUGACAUAACCACUGUAAACAUGUCGCGUGCAGCUAGUUGAACGUCUUUAUGCUAAGUCGGUGUACGGCAUGGCUCUUCCCGCCGCUGUCACUCUCGCGUGCCUCGCGUUGAACCUAUCAUCGUGCCACGUGUUCAGCGCCACGUGGCAAAGCGACGGCCGUUUCGGGACCCCGUCACCAUGGCAGACGCAUGCGAAUGCUGUCAAUUUCGCAGCAGGACAAAAACCAGUCGGCCAGCCGGCGAAAGGCGAAACGCCAGACGGCAAGCCGUCAGUGCAACGGCGGAUGGCUGAAGGCGGGGAGAGUAGGGUCACUUGUGGUCGUGCCUUGCGACACUGGGCCGUGUCGGCCGUGCAUGGCGCUUCCCUAGGGAUUGCCGAGACUGCACCAGGGUCUCUUCUCUGCUCCCCUCGGAGAGCAUCAUGUUUCAGGCCAAGCCAUGGCACAGGACAAUCACAGAACACCCUCAGCAUGGUUGCCCCGUCGCUGUCGGCCACCCACCUCCCCUCCUCCUGCCCUCGUAUUCUCCUUCUCACGCCAGAUUCGUCUCUCCACCGCCUUGCAGCUGAGCCACGGCACCUAGGGAAAGGAGGAGAAGGAGGAGGGCGAGCAUGGAGGGGAGAAUGGGGAGCAUCAGAAGAAGAGCCAGAGCAGGCAGGCGAUGGGCCGGGUUCCUGCCCAGCUCUCCCAUCCCUGUCUCUUCCAGGCGCUCCCCUGUGCCCCUGCCCCUCCGGCGCCUCUCUACCCCCCCUGGUUGCGGCACAUGAGCUGCAGCUCUGUGUGCUGGUGCCGCAGCAGCUCCUGCCGUCAAAGGGAGAGCCCAGGGCUAGUCCAGCCACCAACAGCAGUAGCAGCUCUUCUGCCUCCACUACCGCUACCACUUACAGCAGCAGGAGCAGCAGCAGCAGUGGCAGUGUGUCUGAAGGCCAAUCUGACAACAGGGCCAAGGGUAGGAGCGACAGCAACACAAGGCAUUCCAAGAGCAGGGUCAGCAGCAGCGGCAGCAGCAGCGGCAGCAACAGUGAUGGCAGCCACAGAAACAGCAAGGACAAUGCGAGGGGGGGCAGCAGGGGCAGUGGGGAUGGUGGGUCAGAGGAGCAGGAUCCCAGUAGUGAAGUGCGGAGAACACUAGACAUGUUCAUGUCUGCUGCUGUCAGACUGGUGAUGCAAGGAGAGCACACUAAGGCCGUUGACAUCUUCAACAAGGUGUUGGAGCAGCAGCUAUUUCCGGACCAUGCGCUGAUGUACCGCGGAACAAUCUAUGCCCUCAUGAACCGGUACCAGGACGCUGUGGGCGACUUCACCAAGGCAUUGGAGAUCAAUCCGUCAUUUCAUGAGGCUCUGAGGAGGCGAGGGCAGACGUACACGGCCAUGGGCAAGAAUGACGAGGCGAUUAAGGAUCUUACAGCCGUGAUCGAAGCUCGCCCAACAGACUGGGCUGCACACACGGAGCGAGGCAUAGCGUACUUCAACGCGCGGUUCAUCUUCCAGGCGCUCAGCGACCUGCGGACCGUCACCACGAACGAGCCGAACAACACGCACGCACUCUUCUUCCUGGCCCAGGCUCUCAUGCAUGGGGGCGACUGUGCAGCGGCCAUACCCCUUCUCCUUACCGUGCAGCAGCGGGAUCCGCACUUCAAGGGGCUGCUCGUGCAGCUGGGGCAGGCUCUCAAGGAGGAGUCGCGCAUAGAGGAGGCCGAGGAGAUGUACCGCCAGGCACUGGCGAAGGAGCCAAGCAAUCUUCUGGGCUACCACCUGUACUCGACUCUCAAGCACGGCAUGGGGUACCACAGGGAGGCAAUGGAGAUCGCACGGCAGGGACUAAAAUCAGCCAACGCCAACGACCUGGACCUGCGGUACAUGGAGGCGUCGUGCCUGCACGCCCUGGGGCACUUCCCGCAGGCCAUCCAAGCAUACUCCGCCAUCCUCACCAUGCACCUGCCCCCUGGCGUCGACCAGACCAAGCAGUUCCAGGCCUUCUACCAGUACCGCCGCAUGAUGACUGCCUCCAACGUCCACACUGGCCUGCACAUCCGUUGCCUCGCGCACAUCUGCAAUCUUGCAGUGCAGCAGGUAUUGCGGGGGGUUGAGGAGGUGAAGGAACCGCUAGGCAUUCUGCGCGAAUGCGCGACCUUCAUCGGGUUCAGGCCCCAGAAGGUGCUGCAGUUCGAGGAGGAGCAGCGCCGACAAUAUCCUACACAGCCGGUCCUUAAGCUACGACAGGACAUGGAUGUGCGUUGGGGGUCGACCUUCAACAUGAUCACACGUGGCCUUCGUCUCCGAGAGGCACUGGAUGCCUUCUUCCGCCGCGCCGUUGGGUCCACUACCCGCGAGACGAGGCGCCUUGCGGAACUACGCCUCAGCCCUGAGCAGUGGCGGACGCUUGAGCGCGAGCUGACAGCGUACCUGGCACAUAGGCGGGCCAAGCCCAUGACAGCGUACAGCGUGGACGAUGACAUGCACCCCACAUUUAAAGAACUCUGGGCCAAGCGCAUCGCGUACACGCCGCUCUUCCCUGGCUACCACCUGCAGCCGCUGCGCCCCGCGCUUAAGCUCACACCCGCGGAGUCCGGCGGUUACAACGUUACGUUCUCUGCGCAAGUUCGGCGCAUGCUGGCGGCUGCGGAUGAGCUGGGGAAGAGGACGCAGUAUUGGUGCAAUGGGUUUUUGCGGAACAGGCGGCAGCAUAGGAUGGCGGGGCUGGCGAUUCUGGAUGUGAGGGAUAUGGUGCAGGAGACAUGGAAGAGGAUGAGGAGAGAGAGGGAGGGAGAGGGGGUUGGGGAGGGAGGGGAGGGAGGGAAGGGAAGGGCGGUGAGGAUGGGAGAGGUGGAGAGUGGAGGGGGUAGUGAGGAGGGGGAAAGUGCAAGGGGAAGACAGAGGGGGAAGAGGCGGCAGCAACGACAGCAGCAGAAGCAGCAGGAGCAGCAGGAGCAGGAGCAGGGCAAAGGUUGGAGGAGGAAGAGUGGAGCAUCAUAUGUGCGGCGGUGGCGGGACAUCUACGACCUAGUGGUGCGGUGGAGGCAGCUGGGGGAACCCAUUGAGCCAGCAGUGUGGAUUGACAAGCUCACGCGCAAGGAGUUUGAGGAUGGCUUUGGCUCUGUCACUGCCAUGCUGGUCAGCCAGCUCAAGAGCAACAAAUACUACUUUGCCUUUGACAGGGCGUUUGCGAUAAUGAAGCAGCAGGUGCGGCACAGGCACAUGGUGUGGAACGGCUACGAGCAGCCUGUGCCUCUCUCCCACACCGCCGUCCACCAGGUAGUGCAAGCAGAAACAGCAGAGGACGCAUGGAAGGCAAUAGGGCAGGACUACUGGGUGGUGACGCCCUGCCACAGCACUGCACGCCCAGGGGUGGUGAUGAAUGGCACUCGACUCACCAUGGUCAAGACCCCCACCUACUACGAGUUUUCCAUCAAGACCCCUGUUAUUCCCACGCGCUGGGACGAGUACGAUUUCGAGAUGGAAACUGCUUGGAAGGAGCUAUGCGAAGCUUAUCUGGACGUCUCCAUGAAGGCAUCGGACCUCCAUGCCUAUAGAAGACGCAUCCACAAUGCCAUUCUUCGUCUCGGAUUUUACUGGUAUAAUUUCAUGCCCAUGGCUCGUGGAACGGCCAUGGUGGGCUAUGUGUCGAUGCUGGGCCUCUUUGCCGCGGCGGACAUGCAUGUCACUGCAGACAUCCCCAAAGGAGUUCAGGUUGACUGGGAGGGGAUUCUAACCCCUCGUUUUGAAGAGUUUUUCGCAUCCUUGUCCGAAUGGAUGCUACCAUCCAUUGAUUACAAUUCCCCUGUAUUCCAUGAUUUGCCGCACAUCAGUGUUGCAGAUGCCCUCCCAACCCUCUUAGACGUUAUAAAUGCUCUUAGCUUUCAUGAAGAGGACAAUAGCCUCCUCAAUUAAAUACACAAUACAAUACUUGAACAGUG